GCGCGGCGCGAGAUCAGUGAGCUCUCUCUCUCGUAUAAAACUGCAGCGCGAGCGCGGCGCGAGAUCAGUGAGCUGCGAGUGAGGAACAGACAGCUCGACAGGUUUUCUUUUACUCCUCUCUGUUUACCUUACCUAGUAAAAUGGACCGUGAAAUAGUACAUUUUUAGGUCGUUCAACAGCAACAACAACAACAACAACAAGCAGACUCGGGUCAGAACUAAGGAAACAGAUUUCAGAAGCCAGUAUGGACGAAAUGGAAACUUCUGUGUUGUUUAUUAUCUCGUACAACUAAUCAUUAUCCAUUAUCAAGAUUUCUAAAACAACUUGCUUGUCUCUGUGAUUAUCACUAGAAGUUUGUAACUUUGUGAAGACAGACAUGCAGCACAACAGCAGCAGUACUUCUUCACUGCCUGGUUUGGGACUGUGUGGUCUCGGAGUAGACGAAGGUGAAGACCUGUGGAACCGGAGCACAGGGACCCAACGCAACCUCUCUCUCCGCUGCUGGCUCCAGCUGUUGUCCAAAGAAGCCAUGCCAGAGCUGUACGGUGACACAUCGAGUAUGGCCCUGCGCGUAGUCAUUGCUCUCGUCUACCUGGUGGUGUGUGCUCUCGGGCUGGUGGGUAACCUGCUGGCGCUGUACCUGCUCAAAUCUCGGCACCGGCUCAAGCAAUCAUCCAUAAACUGUUUUGUCAUGAGUUUGGCUAUAACAGACCUUCAGUUUGUACUGACACUUCCCUUCUGGGCUGUGGACACAGCAUUGGACUUUCGCUGGCCAUUUGGCAAGGUCAUGUGCAAGAUCAUCAGCUCAGUCACCACCAUGAAUAUGUAUGCCAGCGUCUUCUUCCUGACAGCCAUGAGUGUGGCGCGUUACUGUUCUCUGGCCACGUCCUUACGCAUGCACAGCCCUAAGAUGGCAUCGGCUGAGGUGAAAUGGGCAAGUGUGGCCAUCUGGCUCGUGUCUCUGUUGGCAACGCUGCCUCAUGCUGUCUACUCAACCACGGCGCAAGUGUCAGAUGAUGAACUUUGCCUUGUACGCUUCUCAGACCUGGGAAACUGGGAUCCACAGCUUUUGCUGGGUCUCUAUCAGACACAAAAAGUGCUCCUGGGUUUUGUCAUUCCACUGAUUAUUAUCUGUGUUUGCUACCUGCUUCUGCUGCGCUUUGUGUUGCAAAGACGAGUCAGUGGGAUCCCCGGGUCGGACAGUGAACGGGGGAGGCACAAGCGCCGUUCCAAAGUCACCAGAUCUGUCACCAUUGUGGUCCUGUCAUUCUUCCUGUGCUGGCUGCCCAACCAGGCACUGACACUUUGGGGUGUCCUAAUCAAGUUUGACUUGGUGCCAUUUAGCAAGGCCUUCUAUAAUGCCCAGGCCUACGCUUUCCCCAUUACUGUGUGCCUCGCACACACCAAUAGCUGUCUCAAUCCAGUACUUUACUGCCUCAUCCGUCAGGAGUAUCGCGCCAGUCUCAAGAAGCUGCUUCUGAGAGCCACACCAUCCUUACGCAACCUGACCAAUAUGGUGCGCAGGAAUAAGAAGGUCGCCGAUGCUCCACCUGGCUUGGCUGUCGUACAGAUGGAUGCUGGGCUGUGAAGUAGUGCAUGGAGCCAUAUGCAUGGGACAUGUGGUCAUCCCAGAUCAUCAAACCAGUUUUGUACUGGCACCCAGCAAGUUAUGAUUAGACUAAUACUGGUGAGCUCUCUGGGGCACAUGAAACUAGACUCCAAACUGACCAGCAGGACUUUCAUCAGAAUAGUAGACUCCUGGGUGGUUAAACAGGUGGUCUGGCUUUUGUUUCAGGAACUCUGUCUGUUUGGUGUCUACUGUUUGUUUUCUGUAUGUCUUGCAUACUUCUGUAUGUCUUGUUUGUUUUCGUGUAUGUUCAUGUUUAUCUUUGCUAUAGUAGCUCUGGAAAUACACAGAUGUCUGUUGUCCUUUUUAGUUAAGAAUCACAGGAGAACCUCAUCAAAACUCAAGCCCGAAGGAAACAGAUAAAAGCACGCUAACUUAAACAGUAACAUAAGACUCAAUAGCUUACCUGCAAUAACAAUUGCUUUCUCCAGCCUUUUUUACUGUACAAAGCCCAGUGUGAUACCUCAGGCUUGUAUAAUUAUAUUAUAAUUUUUAUGCAGGAUGGAGUCAUAUAAAUAUGACACAAAUGACCAUAUGUACCCAUCUGCACGUGAUAAAAUAUAAAUGACUAUUAUGAAAACGCACUGUGCACAGCUAUGAUAUGAAUUAUAUACAUAAUAUAAUGUGUAUUGUGAAAAAAAAAUUAGCAGGUAAUUCUGAAUCUGAAACUGUCUUAAAAACAUUUUGAUUGACAGGCAUGUGGCAGGUGUUUGCAACAGCUUAAUCAGCUUUACACAUCUAAAAUAGAUAUAGUGUGGCUGUAAGUAUGGAAUUAUAUUCAGUGCGGUUUUCUCAUGAAGGAAAUAAACUUUCAUCCAAACGGUCCUUGAGCACAUGAACCUGAGUAGUGAAUAUCUAUGGUGGGUUAAUUUUUCAAUCUGUGUGACUGCAUGUGUAAAUCUUGCAGGGGAAAUAGUGUCAUGUCCAUUCACUGUGAAUGUCAUGAUCCACUCUGGUCCUUCUUACUGUUGUAUUGGUGAGGAUGUUCAGUAAGGCUUUAAGGUUCAUUAAGGUUCCCUUAACUGACAUUAUUUAACGCAUUAUUUUACAUGAGCAAACCAAUAACACUUAUUAUUGGUUAUUUUUAAUAAUAAUAAUAACAUUAAUAAUAAUAACUUAAUGAACAUGUCUGCCAAUGUUCACUGGCAAAAUUCAGAACUGAAAAACAAGUUCCAAUAUUUAUACCCAAUAUUUAUACUAAACCAGCGUUCAGUAAGUUAUUAAUAUUUACUAACAUAAAUUUUUCUGACUUAUUUUAAACAUCAAUACAUACACAUAAUACAUGAUUUAAUUUAUUUUGUUACUUUGUUAAUAUUACUAAUGCUUUAUUAAUGCCAAAUUUAACAUUUGUUAAUGCUUAUUAAUGCAGUAAAUGAUGUUAGUUUAGUGAACCUUAAUGCUAAGUGUUAUCAAUAUUUAUGCUUUUGCAGUAAAUUAUUAAUGUAUACUGGAUUGUAGUAAUGUAAAUAACUAACAAAUAAAAUGAUAUU